AAAUCAAUAGAGAAAAUAUUUUCUAGUGAGAUAAACAAAACAAAAACAAAUUGCAAAAAAUAGUAGAGAUCCUGUGUACCCUAUUCCCAGUUUUCUCCAAUGGAAACAUCUUGCAUAACUAUCGUAUAAUAUCACAACUCUACAAAGCUUAGAUGUCACCAUUUUACAUGCACUCAUGUCUUUGUGUGUAGUCCCAUGCAGUUUUAUCACGUGUAGAUCCGUGUGGCCACCAUCAUCAUAGAACUGUUCCCUCACCCCUUGUGUUCCCCCCUAAUAGUCACACGCAUGCCCUCUCCCCUCCCCACUCCCACUCAUCCCCGUGCCCCAACAACCACAGCUGUGUUGUUCUCCAUCUCUAUCUUUUCGUCAUUUUGAGACUGUUACAUAAAUGGCAUCGUACAGUACGUAACCUUUUGAGACUGGCUUUUCCCCCCACGCUGCCCCCUGCCCCAGCUCAUCAUAAUUCUCUUGAGACCCAUCCACUUUGUUGCCUGUAUGAAGUUUGUUUCUUUUUACUGUUGAUUAUUCCUUGGUAUGGGUGUGGCAGAUUGUGUAACCAUUCGCCCACUGAAGGGCAUUUGGGUUGUUUCGGAUAUUUGGCUACUACAAAUAAAGCUACUGUGCACAUCCCUGUGCAGUUUUUGUGUAGCCCUGUUUUCAUUUCUUUAGGAUAAGAAUCCAGGAGUACAGUUCCAGGGUCACAUGGUGUGGUGCAGAUAGUGGAGGUGAUACUGAAUGGGAUGGUUCUCAUGUGUAUCGUGGCUUCCUACUUUGUCCUGGCUGGAUUCAGCGCCAGCUUUGCCAGUGGUGGCGGCUUCGGGAACAACUAUUACUCACCGUUUGAGGGCACGGAGCUGGAGCAGGUCCGGCAGCUGGACCAGCAGUACACAGUCCUCCGGGCGCCUCUCAUCUACGGCGGCGUGGCGGUGUCCCUGGGGCUGGGUGUCCUCACCAUGGGUGUGUUACUCCAAGGAGCCAAGAGUCUCACCAAACUGCCAAGGAAGUGGCUCGUCCUGGAGGCCGUCUUCAGCCUCCUGGCCGCAGUGGGCUACUGCGCGGGCAUCGGCGUUUUCCUCCACGUAGCCCUGCGGAUCAAUGCCACAGACACUUGCAAGAGAAGAGAGAGGCUCUAUGCCCGCAAAGGCCUCACCUGGAUGAACUGCCAGCUGGCAGGCACUGAUGGGGCAGCAGCCACCUUUGCUUGUCUCCUGGUGAUAAUGUACGGAGUCAGCGUGGUGCUGGCCCUCCGGAGCUACCGAGAACAGAAGCUCUACAGGGACAGCCAAGAGCAGCACAGAAACUACAGGGAGGGACCGGAGUACCUGUGGUCCGGAACACUCUGAGGUCUUCUUCUCAGAACCUCAAUGUCAGCUCGCCUGCCUGGUUCCUCUCAGAAAGGAGUCCUUUAAAAUCGCACAGUUGACAGCUGGUGUUUUCACAUACAGGAUUUUAUAAAUGCUCGCUUUGGUACCGACGCAAAGCUAGAUGGCCAUCUCAUUUUUCUGUCAGGGAGCUUUUCAAGCUCAAAGCUUGGAAAAAAAAUCUCCCCCACCUUUGCUACAAAGAACAUCAGAAGUUUGGAUAUGCACUUCUGGUCUGGCUCCCGCACCAAAUGGUAAGGUGAUGAUGAUGGCUAAGUAGCCAGAGAAAUCCUGGAAGUUGAGAACUACACAUCAGGGGUAUAGUAGGCCCGGCGUUAUAGUAGGAGUAUCUCACCCGUCUCAAUUAUUGAGAUUCACCAAAAGAAACAUGCCAUACCCCCUUCUGUGUGGUCCCAGGAGAAUGCUUUUAAAGCCGUUGUGUGACUGAAUUCUAAAGAGUCAUCCGACCCUCUGCUAGAGGGAAACUGUUCUGCCCACAGGACAGUGUACCGACUGCCUGGAUCCCAAGGAGUGAGAUGGGAGGCUGGGUUUCUGACACAUCAAGAGAGAUGCUUGUAGCAUGCAUGUUCCUCCUUGAGAUUCCUGUAUUAGAGCUGAGAGAAAAUGUCUUGGGUUUUAUUGCCACCAUUCCAAGUUAGUUUCUUUUUGUUGCAAGUCAUUCAACUGGAAUUCAGCCUUCCUGAAAUAUUUUUCUGAAAUAUGGGGCUCCCAUAAGUCAUACACUUCUCGCCCGGCCAGGAUGACUUAGUGGUUGAGCCUCGACCUAUGGACCAGGAGGUCACGGCUCGAUUCCCGGUCAGGGCAUAUGCCUGGGU